AUGGGAACCCUCCUUGUUUUCACCCUGUGUGUCUGUUUACCCCGUUCUUUCAGUCACUCAGUGACACAGACCCCGGCAGCGGUAACCAGGAAGGAGUGUCAGUCUCUCACCAUCACCUGCGUUUUCUAUGGUAAUUCUCAUAGUUUAGAGAACGGCCAUUUCUUCAAACAAACCCAGACUGGGACAGAGUGGGAACGGAUCUCCAGCGGAGGGAGAUUUGUUUUGUCGGUGAAUAAAGCAGAAAAGACAUUUUCGCUGGAAAUUCAAGAUUUGAGAGUUGAAGACACCGCCACCUAUUACUGUAAAGCUCAGUACAGAUACAGAUGUGGGAGCACCGUUUCAAAAGAUGCUUAUGAAGACGGAUCUGGGACAGUGUUGACUGUCACUGCCGAUUCCAGUUCUCUGGUAUCCCGGAGUCCGUAUUUCCAAACCGCUGCUGCCGGUGACACCGUUUCUCUAAGCUGUGAAUACUCAGGGCUCUGUCAGUACACAGUACACUGGUACCGUCAGUCCCCAGGACUGGCUCCGGAAUACAUGGUUCAGAGGCACAUUUCAGGAGAGGAGAAUAAAGAAAACGCUGCCGGGGGUAGAAUUUCUGCUUCUAUCGAUCCUGCCGAGAAAAUCAGCUGGUUAAAGAUAUCCAAACUACAAUUGAGCGACUCUGCUGUGUAUUACUGUGUACUGAGUCGGUGCAAAGCACAGUGA